AUGCAUGAUAGCACCAAGACGUGUGAUGGAUAUCCGGAAGGAGCUUUCCAAACCGCUGUAACCGGAAAUGAGGGAAAUAUCUUUCCAGAAGCUUGUCCGCUGCCUUCUUCUGCAUCCGGAUGUUUUCCGCCAGACCAAACCCCCCAGGAUUCCGUCAUCCAGCAGAUGUCUGCCUCAUUUGGUUUCCAUCGGCCUGCGUAUAUAAAAAGACUUCCCCCACAACUCCAAGACAACGAUCUUCGAUUGCUUCAAGCAAAUGGAGCUCUCAACAUCCCACAUGACGCCCUACGCGACAACUUAAUAAAGGGAUAUAUGCUUUACAUACACCCGUACAUGCCAGUCCUGGACACGGAGUGUUUCCUGCAAGCUAUUUUCCACCAGGACAACACCAAUUUAGUCAGCCUUCUCUUAUUCCAAGCAGUCAUGUUCGCCGGUGCAGCAUUUGCCGACUGGCAACAUCUACGUGCCGCCGGAUUUUCGACGAGGAGAGAGGCCCGGAAAAGCUUCUACGAACGAGCUAAGAUGUUGUAUUUUAUGGGCUCGGAGAACGAUCAAUUAUCGCUUGUCCAAGCUUUUCUCCUUUUAUCUCUUUGGUCGGAGUGUGUCGAUGACCCCGAGGGCCCGAAGUACUGGAUUGGGGUCUGUCUGGAAGUGGCGCACACCAUGGGGCUCAAUAGAGACCCAAGAAGGUAUUGCAAUAAUAUAAAAUACCAACGACUAUGUAAGCGUAUCUGGUGGAGUAUAUACGUUCGGGAAAAACAGAUUGAGCUUGGCUUUCGACAACAGGCUACAAUCGUGGUCACGGAGUGCGACGUGCCACUCCUUGAGUGGGAAGACUUUAACUAUGGCAGCUUUUCUUCCCAGGUGCUACAUGCCCUUUGUGGCCUCAGAGCUACCUAUAAUUCAGGGAAUCAGCGCAAGUUGGCAGCGCUGUUCAUCGAGCAAACCAAACUCUCAAUCUGUAUAGGUGAUAUCCUCGCCGCACAGUACACUGCUGGUGCUCAACCAAUUGGUGGAACUGGCAAACUGACGUUAUUACCAAAGAGAACCACAAUCGAUGAGGACGAGGUUCGAAGAUGCGACCAGCUCCUGCAGAGGUGGUUUGACAAUAUCCCAGACGAUAUCCGCCACAAGCCAUCACCCAGUAGUUGUUCACUAACUGAAGGAGAUCGAAUUGUUUACCUCCAUUCUGCGGUGCUAAAACUGAUGUAUCUUGCCGCUUCCAGCACCCUCCAUCGCCCCAUAGUGACUUCCCAUAAGUCACAAUUCAGCUCUGAUACUAUGGCGCUCUCUCUCUCUAGAGUCUGCCCUGCAGGCUCUAGGAUUGCAACUAUCUGCAAAGACCUUUAUGACAUUGGCCUGACGCGAUACCUGUCCACAACAGCAACCACCUUCUUGCUUCCUGCAAUGACCACUCUUAUCAUGAAUAUGCAGUCGAAAGGACCCGAUCUAUACUUGGAGCACUUCCAUCACUGCAAGCAAAUACUUCUCCAGCUGCAAGACACAUACCCACUUGCUGAAGAAGCUCUCAAUCUUGUUAACUUUGCAGCGAGGGAAGCAGGGGUACAAAUUCAAACUCCCCCAAAAGAUCUUUCACAGCACCCUUUCUAA